UUGGUCUUCUCCAAGCGGAGAUUUUUCCAGGAAAAGAAAAAUCCCCAAUUAAAAACUCUUUCAAUUACAACCCACUUGGAUUGUCGGUCAUUGACGGUUACAAAUUUUCGCUGUAAAAGAAAGUUUGGGUAAAAAAAAAAUGGCUUUGACGAACUUCAUAUUAACAGUGGCGGGCGUUAGCGCGGUGGUUCUUUUACUGAGAAGCGAUGUUAAACAAUCGGCUGCGAUCUUUAGGCGCAACGUUAAGCAUAUAAGGAAUUGGCUUGAAGAAGAAUCUUCUGCUGCUUCCAAGGCAGCUGAGAAGGUAAAGCCCAAGGAACUGGAGUCCAAGGUUCCUCCCAAGGAGAAGGACUAAUGUCUUUAUGGCAAGUUUGGGGUUAUUUAUGAUAAUUUGCGAUUAUCAGGUUUGAAUAUCUCGGUUGCUAUUUAGAAUAAACCGUGGAAAAUGUGUGGGUAUUUCUGCACUUUGAAACUGCUUGAUUUUGUUGUCUCUCCUUUUUCCAUUUGUUAAUACACUGAGCUGUAUUUACUUACAAGGUAAUACUUUUGAGAAAUGUCAAUUUUAUUUGGAUCAGCAUAUUUCUCUGUAAAAAAAAAAAAUGAAAAAAAGAGGAAAUA